AUGUUUUGUCUGACGUCGAUGAAGGCAAAGGCAUUGGCAAGGUAUCAAAGGAGAGAUGGCCCGCAAUAUCUUGGCGAAUUUCAUACGCAGGAAGACGGGGAAGACAGGCGGCGUUCCGUCGGCAACGUCAGGCAGCAAACUCGUCUGCAGCAGCAGCAGUACCAGGUGGAUGUACUACCAGACGUGCCGACGAUUAGCAAGGGGGGUUCGCCGAAUGCGGUCUCCUGCAUUGAUGGCGCCGCCGAGCUCGGGCGAUCCUCUCUCCGACGUUCCGCCGCGAGGUCCCGCUCAGAGGCCAGGCGGCGGCCCCGCAGGCUUUGA